UUUCACACUCUGUAGGGUGCCUAUGUAGGGUAUAGCGUCGUUAUUUGCUGUUACGGCUUUACAGACUAGAAGGAGCUCCAGAGAGACGCCGGAGAAGUUUUUAAUCAUACCUAGAGAUGUCUUUAGCGGUUUUAAAACCUCUAUUGGGCCUGAGAUCAGUUUACAGACUGCAGAGGAUACAAACACACAUGAUGAGCGGUACGGCAAGCUCCGAGGUUCUGUUGGAGAAAGUAGGGAAUGCCGGAGUGAUCACGCUGAACAGACCGAAAGCCCUCAACGCCCUGAACCUCUCCAUGAUCCGCCUGCUCCACCCCCAGCUGAAGAAAUGGGAGAACGAUUCGGAGACAGAUCUUGUGAUCAUUAAAGGUGCUGGAGGUAAAGCUUUCUGCGCUGGAGGAGACAUCAGAGCCGUUACAGAAGCGGGUAAAGCAGGAGAUUCUUUAGCACAGGACUUCUUCCGUGAAGAGUACAUUUUAAACAACGCUAUAGGGACUUACAGGAAGCCCUACGUGGCCCUCAUUGAUGGGAUUACAAUGGGAGGAGGUGUUGGGCUCUCAGUCCACGGGCGCUUUCGUGUAGCCACGGAGAAGACGCUGUUCGCCAUGCCGGAGACGGCCAUCGGAUUAUUCCCCGAUGUCGGAGGCGGCUACUUCCUGCCGAGGCUCCAGGGAAAGCUAGGACUGUUCCUCGCCCUGACAGGGUUUCGGCUCAAGGGUCGAGACGUGCAGAGGUCUGGAGUCGCCACACACUUCGUCCAGUCAGAGAAGAUCUCGGCUCUGGAGAAGGAUCUGGUGGGUCUGAAGUCUCCGUCGGCCGGCGACGUGGCUGCGGUCCUCGACUCUUAUCAGGAGCAGAGCAGACUGGACGCCGAGAAGCCGUUUGUGCUGCAGCAGCACACAGAAGCCAUUGACAGGCUGUUUGAAGGCAGCAGCGUGGAGGAGAUCCUGGAGAAGCUGCAGAAGGAUCAGUCUGCGUUUGCACAGAAGCAGGUGGAGACCUUGUUGAAGAUGUCCCCGACGUCACUGAAGCUGACGUUCAGACAGCUGCAGGCCGGAGCCGGUCUGAGCCUGCAGGAAGUGUUGGUGAUGGAGUACAGACUCUGCCAGGCCUGUAUGAGAGGACAUGAUUUCUACGAAGGUGUGAGAGCUGUGUUAAUCGAUAAAGAUCAGAGUCCUAAGUGGAAACCGGCGACGCUAGCUGAAGUCUCGGAGCAACGUAUCGAGGACAGCUUCGCUUCUCUGGGAGACAAAGAUCUCAAACUGUAAACGCUGCAAGCAGAAAGAAUCCUCUAUAGAUCCGUAGUUCAGGCAAAAAUCUGAGCAGACAUACUGACCUGCUUUCUUUAAGAUUCAACAUUCGGUUAUUAGGCUGAAAUCUUACUUGAAAUGCCGUGUUCAUCUUCUCCACACCACGCUGUGCUUUACGUCCUCCAGACAAAUCAGCCGUGACCACUUCGGCUCCAGUGGAUUUAUGGCAGUAUGAAGUGGCUCGACAAAAAAAAAAAAAAUCUCUUUUUUUUUUCAUUUUUAUUUAUUACACAACUGACAGUUGCAUUCAAAUUGACUACUGAUCAUUCUGUGUGCAUAAUUACUCAAAUCAGUAAAUAACAUAAUACAUUCA